AUGAAUUACGUUUGGGCCGUCACGUUCAAAUGUGCCGAAGGCGCGAAGAAGCUGCUGGAAAAAGCGGAAGUGAAAGUGAAGGGCCAGCGUUGCGUCCUCAACGAUCCAUUCAACCAGGAGCUUCGUUUGAAGCUGCACUGGCUCUUGCCUACCGUUCCGGACGACGAGGUGCGAGCGGCCUUCCUGAACUAUGGCAGAGUGACGGAAAUUGUCAGGGAACGAUGGAAGGUUUGGGAGAGGACGAGCCGCACCAACUUGUUCAGACGUGUACGUGAUGGAGGUCUUGGCCUGUCGCACUUAUUUCCGAGGCAAAUAGUGAACCGGUUCUGCUUCCUUAGGGAUGUGAAGGACCAUUUUUUGCGCACUGUAUUACAGCUCAGACUUAGCAAACUUGUGCCGGACUCUGUGGUAUCCACCGAAUGUAUUGAAGGCUCGGUUUUCGGUUUUUUGAAAGGGGUUUUGAUGGCUUAUAAGUUCUUGCGUGCUCGAUUCUCAUGCAAAUAUCUGGCGGGAGUGAAACGAAGGAAGCCAUACAAAGAUCUUGUGGAGAUACUACUCCCCAUGCCUUUGUAUCGCACAAUAUAUAGUGCCAAUUCUGGAAGUGAUGUCCUGAAGCGUGUCAAACAUAUGUAUGUAGCUCCAGGAGCCAUGUCCUUUUUCUUCAGAUUGCACACCGGGACAGUAGAGGUAAAAACAUGGCUACAGGAAAAAGAAAUGUAUGUACCAUGGGGUGUGCACUGUUUCUUAUGUAGAAAGCCUGAAACCAUUGAGCACGUCUUCUUAGAAUGCUGGGAAGGCGUGUUCCUCUGGGAUAUAUUACAAAGAACGCUAAAAAAAGACCUCCCUUUAGACCCACAAGGAAUUCGUUUCCUAACUGUGGACAAUGAAGAAGGUGUCCCGUUUGACGCUGUCAUGCUACUGGGUUCGCACUGCAUAUGGAAGGCCUGCAUGGCCGCACGACAUGUCGAUAUAGAUGCAAGAUCAGAUGUAGAUGCAAGAUCGGCACACGAGUACUUCCGCGAAUCAGUGGGCAGGUUCCUGGAAGCACAUAAAUCUUUAGAUCCGAUACCUGAAUGGGUAUCGAGGAUCGAGCCACUCAUGAACAUGAGACGAUUUUAGUCAUCAGACGCCAGCCAAA